UAGUCAUUGUUGUCGAAGUUGUGGAUCUUGUGGUGUUGGAGGUGUACACACAACAACAAAGCCCUAUUCAAGAACAUUGAACAAAAUAACAUUUCAAUAUUGACAUUGUACCAGUCUGUGAUCCCCAUUCAAUUCAUUUGCAUGUAGCGAAGAUUCAUUCCGCUACACUUAAUCCCGAUCAUGGCAACUGCUAAAGGGAAGUCCCCAGAACCAGAGAGUGGCAAUAGCCUGGCCAACCUUCUAUCUGGGAUGCAUAUGGGUGACAAUGUGAAUGUUUUACACACAAAUGGGAUUGAUUUUUCUACUGUAAAUACCAAGGAUGCCCUUAUUAAACCGACUGAAAGUCAAUAUGACCUCUUAAUAAAAAUGCAAUAUUUAAUUGAAAUGGGUAAUGGUGAAACCAUACUUGAAGUUGGAGCUGGUGAAGGUGAGGAAAGUGGAUUGACUAAAGAAGAUUAUAAAGCUUCUGUGGCAACGCUUGAAUCUAUAGCAACGACGUUGGAAGCCGAUUGCGUGUUGCUUCGAGAAAGGAGCUCUGAAUGUGGAAUUAUUGGCCAAUAUCUCAUUCGUCAUCGAGCAGAACAAGAAGAUUUUGUUGAAAUUCGUGUCGCUGUAGUCGGUAAUGUUGACGCGGGUAAAUCGACCCUGCUUGGCGUUUUGACUCAUGGUGACUUGGACAAUGGUCGAGGACUCGCUCGCCAGAAACUUUUUCGUCACAAACAUGAAAUUGAAACAGGAAGAACGUCGUCAGUUGGCAAUGACAUCCUUGGUUUCGAUAGUAGUGGAAAUGUAGUCAAUGAGCCUGACCACGGCACACUAGAUUGGGUCAAAAUCUGCUCAAAAGCAACAAAGGUAGUGACCUUCAUCGAUUUGGCUGGCCAUGAAAAGUACUUGAAAACAACUGUGUUUGGAAUGACGGGACAUGUUCCUGACUUUACAAUGUUGAUGGUUGGAGCCAACGCGGGCAUUGUAGGAAUGACAAAAGAACAUUUAGGGCUCGCAUUAGCGCUGAACGUUCCUGUGUUUGUCGUCGUAACCAAAGUUGACAUGUGUCCGGCCAACGUUUUACAAGACACGCUCAGGCUCUUAUUGAAAGUUCUAAAAUCGCCUGGUUGUCGGAAAACACCGCUUCUGGUUCGCACUAAAGAUGAUGUUGUCUUAAGCGCCACAAAUUUCGUUUCUGAACGGCUGUGUCCAAUUUUUCAAGUAUCUAACGUUACGGGACUAAACCUUGACCUUCUCAAAACGUUUAUGAACUUGUUGAGUGCUCGAAUGACGCCAGGCGCUGAUGAACCAGCGGAAUUUUCAAUAGAUGAUUCGUAUUCUGUUCCUGGAGUUGGCACAGUUGUGUCGGGAACAACGUUACGCGGGACAAUUCGAUUGAACGAUACUCUACUCCUUGGACCUGACCCUGUUGGACAAUUUAUUCCGAUUGCCAUUAAAAGUAUACAUCGUAAGCGGAUGCCAGUUAAAGAAGUCCGUGGUGGUCAAACGGCCUCUUUCGCGCUUAAAAAAAUUAAAAGGUCGCAAAUCAGGAAAGGAAUGGUGUUGGUUUCACCGCUUCUUAACCCUACAGCAUCGUGGGAAUUCGAGGGAGAAAUUCUGGUCCUUCACCACCCAACGACGAUUAGCACAAGAUAUCAGGCAAUGGUUCACUGUGGAUCUUUGCGGCAGACAGCCCAAAUCCAGUCCAUGUCCCAGGAAUGUUUGCGCACGGGAGAUAAAGCUUUAGUUCAUUUCCGCUUCAUUAAGCAUCCAGAGUACAUUAAACCUGGUUUGAGAUUGGUUUUCCGGGAAGGAAGAACUAAAGCAGUUGGGAACGUUGUACGAGCAAUUCCCCAUACAGUUCAAAUGCAAACCAGUAAUCGCUCGAAGCCAACAAAAAUGCAACGAUACUCUCAACAGCAACAACAGCAAUCACAGAGUAGUGAACUGCAGGACAAUGGAGAAAAACUUGAAAAUCAGCCCCAGAAACCGUCAAAGAGGAAUCGGGGGCGUCGCACGUAUAGUAAUCCGUUAGUUUCAACGGCGAAUGUUAAAGAUAAUUGACCUUUUUUCGUCGUUAUUGCUGUCACAUCAAGGGCUGGGUUUUUGAUCACCUCUUGGAUCUCUAAAUUUUCAAAUGUUUUAAUCAAGCAAAUUUGGUGUAGCAGCACUACUUUAUUGACACACUAUGAGGAAUACAACAUUCUUGGAAGAUA